AACUUCCUGUUGCUGGCUUCCUGUAGCGAACUCAUGCGCGAAGGUUCGAGAAUUUUGUACAAUAACCAACGAAUAUAAAACCGAAAGUACAGCGGUAAAUUUAGCCACAACGCACGUCCUUCUGGGUAAGAGGAGUUGUAUCCAUUAAUACACAAAAUACACAGCAAGAUUCCCACUGAAUCUCUGACCCGCUGACGCUGUUCAGAAAGUCCCCGUCUUCGCUUGCCUAGAGAAUCAAUUAUCGUGACGAGUUGAGACCGACUCGGAUUUUACACAGGAGUCUGUGACAUAUUCCGGUAACAACUCACACAAGUCAUCAUGGUUAAGGAAACUGCAUUCUACGACUUACUGGGCGUCAACCCGUCAUCCACACCAGAUGAGAUCAAGAAGGCGUACAGGAAGUUGGCUCUCAAGUACCAUCCUGAUAAAAAUCCCAAUGAGGGAGAGAAGUUCAAGGCGAUCAGCAUGGCGUACGAAGUGUUGUCCGACCCAAAGAAGAGGCAGAUUUAUGACCAAGGAGGGGAAGAUGCUAUCAAGGGGGGAGGGACGUCAGGAGAGGGUUUCCAUUCCCCCAUGGACAUUUUUGACAUGUUCUUCCACGGAGGAGGGCGGAGGCAAAGGGGGCCUUCGAAGGGCAAGGACAUUGUGCACAAGGUCAAGGUUACUCUGGAGGAAAUGUACAAUGGUGCAACACGGAAACUGGCUUUGCAGAAAAAUGUUAUUUGCGGAAACUGUGAAGGGCGCGGUGGAGCAGUGGGGGCUGUGAUCACCUGCAGCAGGUGCGAUGGUUCGGGCAUGAUGAUCCAGGUGCACCGCCUCGCACCCGGCAUGGUGCAGCAGGUGCAGUCUCGGUGCUCCGAGUGUCGAGGUCAAGGGGAGAUCAUCAACCCCAAACUGCGUUGUAAGACGUGCAUCGGCAACAAGGUGAUCAAGGAGAGGAAGAUACUAGAAGUCCAUAUAGACAAAGGUAUGAAGGACCAGCAGCAGAUUCGAUUCACAGCGGAGGGGGACCAAGAACCAGGCCUGGAACCUGGUGACAUCAUCAUCGUCCUGGACCAGAAACCACACAACACCUUCGAGCGCCAUGGCAAUGACCUCGUAAUGAAGAUGAAUUUAGAACUGGUAGAAGCCUUGUGUGGGUUUGUCCGCCCUGUUGAAACACUGGACAAUCGAGUUCUCAAGAUCACAAGUCAUCCAGGUGAAGUAGUGAAGCACGAGGAUGUGAAGUGUAUUCUCAAUGAGGGCAUGCCCAUCUACCGGGAUCCCUUCUCCAAGGGACGUCUUGUUGUACAGAUGGUUGUUAAUUUCCCAAAGAGCAACUUUGCAUCAGAAAAACAACUGAAGGUUAUCGGCAACAUUUUGCCCAAACCCGAUGAGGUCCUUAUAUCUGACGAUGCAGAAGAAUGUGAUCUGGUGAACUUUGACCCCAAUGCUGCCAAGAAUUCAAGGCAUCGGCAGGCUUACGAAGAAGAUGACGAUCACCCCGGCCAACAGCGUGUACAGUGUGCUUCUCAGUAACCAUCAAGAUGAUUAACAGAUGAACAAGUGAACAUUUUUCAGGACAAUAUGAUAUCAUGGAUAUCAGAUGUAUUGAAUUAGAUUGUCUGUUGUUUUGGGCUUAUAUUAUAGUAUAUUAUAUAGUCUGUGAAGACAUGAAGUGGAGUGUACGUGAUAAGACCAGCCUGCAAGUUGGUGACUGAUUUGGUGACUAUUUGAUAGAUAUUAUUGGGCGUUUCCCAGCUUCAGAGGGAACAGGCGGGAGCAAGGAAAUAGAAAAACCAAAAUAAAUAACCUGAAACUGAUAUGUUUUCUGUUGUUAAGGAUAUGAACAAGAAUGGUUGGCAUCGUGAGACACCUCCAUGACAGGGAAAAUGGAGGGCUGGGAGGGAGAAACCAAAAAAACAGAUUGGUUCAUAUGUUUUUUUCAUUGCUGAAUGGGUUGAUAUAUAAAAGUCGUGUUUUAGCUGGAUGUUUAUCUGUGUCUGCUGACAGACACACAAAAGUUCAGACGUCCCAGUCAUUGUAACCCAACUUGCAAGCUGAAUCGCAAAUAUAAUUUGGAUUAUUUCUUAUCCUGACACAACACAUUUCCUUUUCCUUCUGGACCUUGAUCCUAUAUCUCAAAACUAGUGACUGUCAAGACUGUCUUGACUAAAGAAGUUGGCCCAGAAUUAAUGUGAUUAAUGAUGAUUUUAUGUUUAUUUUUAAUGCUUAUUCAUGAGAGUCAAGGGGUCCUUAAGUUGGUCCUAGAUUAUCAUCGAGGCAAUUUCAAGGACCCUGUACCUCCCUCAAUUUGAGGCACAGUUCAUAAGUUGACGACAUGCUGAGAGAGUUAACUCCCUUGCAUUUGGAGCCAUUGUUUGCGAUACACCCUACACCCAAACCUCCCUCGGUCGACUGGGAUCCAAUGCAGUAUUUGAGAAUCUCUGUUCUACAGUGAAACCUUGUUAAUCUGGAAACCCCUCCUUCCUGACAAGAUUCGGGGAACACAAUAUAUUAUUAAAGGGACAUUACACUUACUUACGAUAUGUGUUUACCUGUUUUUUAUUUAGACGAUUUCACUGGCAACGAAACUGUCCAGGUUAAAAGGGUUUCAAUGUAUAACAGCCACAGGUAACUUUUAAGGGUGAAUUGGGAGAUGCUUGGCCAAGAACUUUGUAUCCAAGCAGUAACCGAGAAAAUACUGUGCAGUAUGGAUACACAAUUAUGACAUUUUCUUGUGUGACUAUCUAAAUGUGCCAUUAAAAACGUAGAAAUGUUGUUGUUUUUAUCCAUUCCUUCCCGAAGAAAUAAGGUAGAAUCAAGGUCUGUUUUGGCCCAUUUUAAAUGCUGUAUUAAGGCGAAGGAUUGAUUUAUCAAACUUCGACAGUAACUCGAUGAGCAGGGCCGUGACCCAAGAUGAAGUUUGUACCAUGUCUUUGUUCUGAUGUUAUUUACAUCAGUGAAGAGAACUUUGGAUCAAUGAUUUGCUCAUGUUCAAAAAUAAAAAGGCUACUUGAAAACACCUAAAAUCAGCCUUUUGGACACAUUUGGUCCAAGCCUUUACAUUUUCUGUUCUUUAUCUGAAAAUGGCAAGUGUUGAAAUGAACAUCUUGUUUAUUUUAAUUUUUUGGUUUUAUUUAAACAAAUCAAAUAAAUUUCACAACAAUUUCCAAAUGUUUUGCUUGUUUCUUAAAUUAUGCACAUUUAUGGGCCAAAACAGGUCUAAUUAGUCCUUGUCAUUUAUGUAAUAUAACUGAUUGCUAUGAGGCAUAACCACAUCAAACAUUGUCUUGUGUCAGUACCAACCCAAAGCACAGACAUGACUAUUGUAAGUUGUGCUUUUUUAUAAGAUUUUUUGCUAGCAUUUUGAUAAUGUGAUCCUGCUGGUCCACUUAGAGUAAGAUAAGCAGAUUGAUAGCAGUUAUCCUGUUCGACUUUGAUAUAAACUUAUGUAACAUAGAUUUAUGACAGUUGUAUGUGUGUAGUUGGUUUAUGUCGCCUUGACUGGAUCAGUAAUAAUGCCUUCUCCAUGAAGAUUAUAGAUUGGAUUAAAGAUUGGAUUAGUCACACUUGGUGUUCAACAUGAAGAGGGGUUAACCCGGCAAGUUUUCCUCGCGACAAAAUCAUCAUACCUUAAUUCUAUUUUUUAUGUGGUAACUAAACUAAGCCCAUUGUGGGAUUUUGUUAUUUAGUCAUAGAAGGGCCAGCAGCAACUCACACGAACUAGCCAUUACAAUAUUUCAUUUACCCUUACUAUACAUGGCAUACAGAAAAUAUACAAUAUUUCUUGCUUUUGUUUAACAGUCUUGUAUGUAGUAUGUUGAUUGCCAAUUUUAAUUUCUGUGUGAUGAUAUCUUCCAGGAUGUUUACUCAUGUGCAUGAUGCAAUGUCUCCAUUUAGGAUAUUUGACCACACAUAUAAUGUGUCCGGGGAGAUAAGUUUCCGUUUUGCUAGAUGGGAGUUCCUACAAAGUAUCAGUUCACAGGAGAUAGUCUGGAAGUCCUGAACACAGAACAAGGAAACUGAUACGCAGGAUAUUUACCAAAUCACAUUGUAAGUGGCAGUGUGGGUUUCACGAUACCAAAGAUUAAAGAUUUUUAAUUCAAACUUUCUUCAGGGUUUGUAUUGCCAAUUUAAUGUUAAGAUGCUCAGAAACAUGCUGGAAUAACCUUGUUCUGUGUUAUGAAAUCAGUAUGUUUAUGAAUAUUUAAUCAACUGGUAUAAUAGUGUCCAACAAGUUUUGACAAUUUCUUGGUAUUUUUAUCUAACCUUGAGAUAGCAUUAGUGUAUGUUACAGUCAGAAUAAUGUUGUAUAUUGUUGACAUCAAUUGAUAUAUCAAUGAUCAACAUUUUGACAAGUCAAAAAAAAUUGUGAACCUGUAGUUGAUAAUCAAAACAGAACAAUCUAGUGGCAUGUCAGGUUUAUGCAAACUUCCCUUAGAGCUAAGACAGUGGUGAUAUGUGUCACAAGCUUGCCAUGCAUCACUGACUUAUGCAGCAUACCUCUGAAUCUCAUGCAGGGCUUAAAUUGUCAAGUGUAGCUAUGUGCUGUUAUAGCUCUAACAGGGGCGGUCGGGUAGACUAGUGGUUAAAGCGUUCGCUCAUCAUGCAGAGGACCCGGGUUCGUUUUCCGACAUGGGUACGAUGUGUGAAGCCCAUUUGUGGUGUCCCCCACCUUGAUGUUGCUGGAAUACUGCUAAAAACGGCGUAAAAACUCACUCACUCACUAUAGCACUAAGAUUACUGUGAAGCUAUGGAACACUAUUACAACUACUCUAGCACCAGUGUAGUAGCACUCGUCUAUUUCAAAGUAGGGCAGUUAUGAUGGUUGUCGGGGUAAAACUGGCACACUUCUAUGUUGAGGUAUCGGAACACCGAUCUACAACAGUAUCACACUGUAACUGGUGUAGGUCAGGUAUAGGAAUUACAGCAGUUGUGCCAAGACUGUUGUAGAUCUGUGUAAGUACUUUUAUAUGUGUUGAACAUUCAUUUUUUAUAACCCACAAAUAUUACUUACUGAGGGGAUACUUUCUUUUAAUUGGUUUACAGAUCUACCAACCUGUUAAAAGAAUUUUUUUUUAAAAACAAUUCAGAAAUGCAAACUUCCAUCAUCACGACAUAAUAAAACUACUUUGUACCAACAGAAAAAGAGUUUGAUGAAAGUGAAACCUUUACAUAGGCCGACCCCUUUCUACAGAAUCUUUUUUCUGGUCCUCAAAAUUUGGCUACAGUCAUAUAUGGUAUAUAAAGAAGUCAUAUUGAACUGUCAGACAGACAAGACCAGCUUAACUGACACUGCACACACAUCAACUUAUGCAGAUAAAAUAAAUCUGAAAUGUUUCGUUAAGAAUAAGUAAACCCAAGCAAACAAAUGGUUUGACUUAGUAUCUGUAUCUGGUUAAAACUGCUACCAUUCUCUGUGAAUAUAUCUCAUGUUGUUCGACCAUAAAUCUGCAAUCAGACAGCUAGGAGUGGGUGAGUGAAGUAUAUAGCAUCUGCUGGCCAUGAUAGUUAUGACAAUGGCCAAAUCCACAGAACUAACUCACUCUAAGCCUGGGAUGACAAGGUAGAAGAGAGGUAGAAACAUAUUAUGGAAGACAUCAUUGUAUAUACACUCAUGUCAUUCUUGUGUGUUGUAUAUCCAUAAGACCACAUCACACUAAGUAUAUCUUUCUGCUGAAUGUAACAAUUCCCUUAUUUAGGAAAGGGUGGUUGGUAGCCUGGUUAAGUGUUUGAUUCCCAACCUGAGAUCUUGUUUCGGCGCCUUGCUGGGACAUUGUUGGAAUAUGGUAAAAGUGUGGUAAAAGCCUAAGAUUGGGGAUCCUGAUAUUACAAUCUUUAGACCUUAUGUCACCAAAAUGUUUGGCAAUAAUUGUAAAAAAUUAUUCAGAAAAUAAACCUAAAACGUAUCAUCACUAGUUUACUUAUUAGUUGAGAAAAAAUAAGGUGUAAUAUUGAAUAUUUUUUUUAACAAUGUUGCUUUUAAAAUUUUAUCUUCCUAUCUUUGUCAGGAAAACUCAUAAGAAAUAAUCAUUUUGUUGUGGUCAGAGUGGUUUUUAAGAGUUACAUUUUCAUCAGUAUUUAUUUAUUGGAAAUCUAUGACAUGUAUGUGUUUAGAAUCUACUUUAAGGUUGUCAUAAAUAAAUAAGUAAUAAAACGUU